AUGAGUUUUGACCCCGUACAGGUCAUGAAGGGGCAAGACCCCGUGACCUCUUCACCCGCCGCCAACGGGGAAAGCAAAGGCUCCUGGGACGACAGCAAGGAAUUGUAUGAGAACAUGGGCACCACCACGAAACCCAAAUCACCAAAACCAGAAAACGCCGUUACCAUCGCUGUGUCGUCGAGGGUUUUGUUCCGCACGGAGAAAGAACAGAAGGUGUUUGAACAGAAGGGGGUGGAGGAGUACCUCAGGUAUCAGGUGGAGCACGAGAAUGAGCCAUUUGCCCCUGGCCCAGCUUUCGCAUUUGUUAAGGCUCUGGAGUCAGUAAACACACGGUUGCGGGAGCUUUAUCCCGAAAGCGAGGAGCUCUUCGAUAUUGUCCUGGUGACCUACAACCACGCCACUGUCGGAAUACGACUUAUCAACACCAUCAACCACCAUAAUCUGUUUAUCGAGCGGUUCUGCAUGACAGGGGGCAGCAGUCCGAUUGGUUAUCUGAAGGCGUGGCACACUGACCUCUACCUUUCUGCAGAUGAAGAGAAGGUACAAGAAGCAUUGGCUGAAGGCAUUGCGGCAGCCACCAUGUUCAUGCCAGAGAAGUUGACUGAGGUAUCAGAGACUCAGCUGAGGGUAGCCUUUGACGGCGAUGCUGUUCUCUUCUCCGAUGAGUCAGAGCGUAUUUUCAAAGCUCACGGACUAGACAAGUUCUUUGAACACGAAAGGGAACACGAGAACACACUCCUGGAUCAUGGACCUUUGAAGGGUUUUUUAGAGGCUCUGGGAAAGCUCCAGAAGAAAUUCUACGCCAAGGGCCACCGUCUGGACUGCCCCAUCCGCACCUACCUGGUGACAGCCCGCAGUGCGGCCAGUUCGGGCAUCCGUGCCCUUAAGACGCUGCGGGCCUGGGGACUUGAAAUGGAUGAGGCUCUCUUUCUCGCUGGAGCCCCAAAGGGCCCCAUGUUGGAGAAGAUCCGGCCCCACAUCUAUUUUGACGAUCAGAUGUUCCACGUGGAAGGCGCAGCAGAGAUGGGUACCAUCGCAGCCCAUGUGCCGUACGGGAUUGCUCAGAAACACCAACACAAAAAGAGCAACAAGACAGCUAAGUAA